AUGGGAAGCCGAACCGUGGGAGGAACUCUUCACACCCUGAUCGAGUUCAACACCUUCAACAUCCUUGGUCUUGGUCUGAUCCUCAUCUGGGCGUUCUCACCUCUUGGAGGUCAAGCGGUCCUGCGGAUGUUGACUGUUCGACUGAAGCCAGAGUUCAAGACCACGGAUCUCACAUACUUCGAUACACUCGCCAGCAACCAGCUUAACACCUUGCCGGUAGCGAGUAGUUCUUCCAUCGUGGCAUUGGCCAAUACCGGUAUUCUUGGCUACAUGGCGACGGUCUAUGCAUCCUUCAUCGCGCAACCGGAGUCCAUCCAAAGCGACACGAUGGAUCACUGGGGAAACGUCAAGAUUCCAUUCCUGGACCCAAAGGCUUCCAAUAACUGGACAAACGUGUCUCCGGAUAGCAAAACGAUUCAGUAUUCCUCUCUAACCGGUAUCCCUUUGAAAUACUCAAGCACCAGCAACAUGUCGUUUACGAUUGAGUCAAAUCAUGUUCAUCUUGAUUGCAACAAUAUCACCAAGUUCCCGUCAGACUUUCCUCAAGAGAACAUGACCAAUAUGACGAGUAAAUUUUGGGCGGAUAGUCAAACAUACAGCGAUGACAUCCUGACGGCGCCCAACGGGACGUGGCGAGGGAUCAAAAACCAUUUGGACAGCACUCAGAACCUGACGACCUGGGCAGUCGCACUCGACAGAUUUGUCGACCCUUUCUGGGCCGACUUAAGCCUCCAGGACGCCAGGCUAAAAGAAAAGCUGAACACCACACAGGGCAUUGAAGACAUCAGGGAUGGCCUGAGACUAUUCGUCAAUGAAACGGGUAUCCAAGCAGAACAGGCCAACAUGCUGCUGCAGAUUAUUAUCCCGAAGACUAGAAUCCGCAGGGCGCCACUCAAACUCGAAGCUGUGUGCGGUGUUACCCAACAAUACGUCGAAUCUCGCGUCAAUUGCACGUACGUGCCCUCAUCUAACCGGCAUACUUGCGCUGUGGUAGCACAGCGGCCUUCUCAACAACCGCUCGGUCCGGAGAACAUCUCUAUACUAUCCUUGCCGCAUCUUUUCUACUGGAUUACCAGAGAGUUUCCUCUUGCGGCAACGGGCCGACCGCUAGCGGGAUUCCCUGACUUCUCCGUUCAGUAUCUGAAGGACCCUACGUUCGCAGAACUCGGGUCAUCGCCGGAAGUCACGAUGGAUGAACUCAAUGAAGACACGAUCGGAAUACGCUUCAAUCAACUCCUCAAUACUUAUCUUAUGCUUGCCCAACAGCAGCUGCAGAUUACGAGCAGCAGUCUCGGCCAGACAACAAGCUUUGACCAAAAUAUCACAACUACUUCGGAAACAAGCAACCUCGUUGAGGUAUUCCGGGUUUCGGGGCCGUGGAUAGGGCUUUGUUUAGUCGCUUGUCUCGUCCUCCUUGCCGGCGGUAUUCUCAGCGUUGUCUUCACUCACAUAACGCAUGGCCCCGAGGUCUUGGGAUAUGUCUCUACGUUGAUUCGCGACUCCAAGUUCAUGGAUUUGCUCAUCAACACCAGUUGGAUGGACGGCACUGAACUCACAAAAGAGCUGAGAAAACAGAGAAUACGAUACGGUUACACGCAUCAUACGAUGGGCGGAGAACCCCUGAUAGGCGUUGGAUAUCAGGCCGACACAGAGGAGAUCAAGGAUUUCAUUGCGCGUCACUAG